AUGGUGGGCCGCGGGAUCCCAGCUCUGAGCCUCUUCCUGCUGAUGCAGGGCUCAGUAGAUGGGAAUGGCAUCCAGGGGUUCUUCUAUCCAUGGAGCUGCGAAGGAGAUGUGGGGGACCGGGAGAGCUGUGGGGGCCAGGCGGCCAUCAAGAACCCCAAUCUCUGUCUGCGUCUACGGUGCUGCUACCGAGAUGGGCUCUGCUACCACCAGCGGCCAGACGAAAACCUGCGGUGGAAACACAUGUGGGCGCUGAGCUGGUCGUGCGCAGGCCUUCUCUUCCUGAUCUGCAGCAUCUUCUUGUUCUGGUGGGCUGAGAAACAGGAUGUGCUGCGCCUCCCCGGGUUCCUGCAGGGCAAAGGCAAAUCGUCCAGGGCCGUGUCUCUGUCGUCCCAGGACCGGGCGAGUCGGAAGACAAAGGCGUCCCACGGCAGCGCCUCGCGCACUCUUCCUUUGAAGAGUACCCUGGACAGCACAGGGGCCACCGAAGGGGGCGAAGAAACAGAAGGGGAGGAUGAAGAUUAG